UCAAAUUUGGUCUUCAAGACAGUGUUGUGUUGUGUUGUUUGGCUGCUAAACUUUUGAGGUUAUAAUAACUAAAAGUUACGAUUUUAAUAGUUUUUCAACACCUAGAAACAUGGAAGAAAAGGAAUUUGAUGCCACUUUAGGUGGCAAUGAGGAGUUGCCGUAUUCGGCAAAUACUAUGAAGUUUGCUGCCUCAAGAAGUAUUGAAAUAGCAGCGAUGACCGAAAGCAUCCUUCGCCCCAGUAAAACGAAACUUAUAUUCCAAACCCUGCCAGUUCACAUGCGUCGUCGAGUUAUGAGUCACAAUUCCAAGCGUCUCCCCAGAAAACUUCGUUUGGGCCACCUAGACCAAUUGAAAAAGAGUGGGUUGCCGCCUAAGCAAAAACGUCCUUCUAGGAAAUAUAGACGGAGGCCUACUAAUCUAUUAGAAGAGUACAACAGGCGACAGAAACGUAACGCUUGGCUAGAAACCCACAUUUGGCAUGCUAAAAGGUUUCACAUGAUUGAGAGAUGGGGUUAUCGCCUAGCUCAUGCACCCUGCGACAAGGGCUUCAGGGCUUGCUACCGAGCCACCUCCGCACACUGCCUCAUGCAGGACAUCUCAUAUCUCACUCCCAUAAAGAUCACAGGCACACCUGAACAUAUCAAAACAUUGUUCAGUAUGAUUACAAGUGGUUCUUGUGGACUGAGCAUCACGGCCAGGGCUUACAUCACUGGAAACCGACAGGGAAGGAUACAUCUGUAUAAACCUAAUGAAUACCCAUUAGGUUAUGUAGGGAAAGUAACCUUCAUUUGGGAAAACAGCAGUGAAGAUAACAAAAAUUUAUGGCUUUUUGUACAUCCAUCACAAGUCAAAGAAAUUGAAUGCCUGCUGAAUGAACUACUUAAAACAUAUCUAAGUAUGGAUGAUGGCUCAGCAGUUCCUGAAAAACGUAGAAAGUUUAAUGAAAAUUGUUCCCAGCAUGUCAAAAUUCAAGUUUUCACAGGAUCCUUUAAUAUUUUCCGUCUUACUGGUCCAAAAAGUCAUCAAAUAUUAGCAAAUACAUUUAAAUGUGUGAAUGACAAUGAGAAGUUUAGAAAUGACAAGUGGGUAUCAUCACAUUAUUCAGGAAAAACAAGUCAACUUAAACUAGAUGAGAAGAAAAAGUACUGGGAGAAUAUUAUAAAAGCAGCAUCCCCCUCCCAACUCAGUCCACAUAUUGUGCUUGGCUUAGUGGUGAAAGACCCGCGGUUGAGCAGACCUAGCAAAAGAACCAAGGCAAAGAGAGACAUUUAUGAAGACAUCAAUAUUGAAGACUUAAAAAUGAUCCCACCGUCAGCAUCAAUCUCCCCUGUAUGGAAUACAGAUAUGUAUGAAGUGAUGAAGGAGAAUAGACUGACCAAUGGGCAGUUUGUGGAACACAUCACCAAGACUCAACUGGUGCCAGGUGAGGUGUAUGAGGAGGAUCGAGCUCUGCAGAGCAUUCCUGUUGUCUUAAUACAAAGGCCAGGAUCACAGGUUUCAGAAUUCAAGAAACUUGGAUAUGGCUGUGGUUGGGAUAUCAUUGUACCAUCAGGGUAUGGACUACCUUUCUGGCAAACUUUCAUAAUGUUUGGAGCAAGACCUGGAGGUCUAAGAGAAACUGAAAGUUUGUCUUUUGAAAUGGGAGAAUGCUACUUACCUCCGGAUUCAUUAGCUGGCAACACUGAAGAAAAAAGAAUAGAAGCUGAUAUGAAGGAAAAGUACUUCAGAAGACCCCCUAGUAAAAGAGUGAAUUACACUAAAUUAGGAAUCAACAGUCCGUUCAUUCCUCAGUGGAAUAUUCUACUGAAAGACUGGAGCAAUCAAAAUGUGAAUAGCUUUUUUGUUAUGAGGGAUAGGCAACUUCUGGAGCAAUUACAGGAAUGCUUACACAGAAAAUCAAAGCUUCCUCAUCUAGAAAACUCAGCCGUUUGUUUAGUGCCAGUAUAUCUUCACAUGGCUAAAAGGGGAAGUCUUAGGAAACAUGCAGUUAUUUGUCUACCAAAAUCUGGGGACAUUUCCGUUAUAAACACAUUGAGAGAGGCCCAGCACGAGGACAGCAAUGAGAAGUUACGGAAACAAAUGAGAGUAGAACACAAGAAGAAUGUAAAACAACUGAAAAGACGAAAAAUCAAAAGAAAGAAAAAGGGAAUAGUGGUAAAAAAAGAGAAGGCAAACAAGCAAACUAAAAAGGAACCAUCGGAAUAUGCCAAGAAGAUGAGAGAACUUUGGUUACCAUCCAAUAUAAAUAAUGUGCGGAAUACUUGUUCAAGAGAAGUCAUGGGAUAUCUAUCUCAAGGCGCCUUCAGCUUCUCAGAAGCAAACAGCUGCGGUGUCGGGUACGUGGCAUACAAUGCCUUGAGUCUACUAGUACAGAAUGGCUUCAACUAUGUCUUAGUCAGAAAUACUAGCUCCUUCAAGUAUAGGAUAGCUAAAUUACAGAUAAUCAAGUCACAGAAUUUAUAAAUAAAAGAAAUUAGUUACAAAACAA